GUCGUGUGUUGUAUCCAGCUUCCAAAGACUUAUCAUCCAACUCGAGCUUUUUUGAUCUGCAUCAGAAUCUUGCUGGGAUUCCAAUGGAUAUUCAAGCUCGCGUCGGAAGCAUAACAUCCCGCAGCGUCGUCGCCAGAAAGCAUUCUUUUUCUGCUCUUUACUUGCCUCUCAGAUUGCUCUGCUCCAGAAGGAAUUUCCAACAACCUCAAGAAAACGAUAACAACAACAAUAAAGGUGAUAAAUCCUCCACUGACUGGGACAAGGCGUGGUCAAACUUCAGAAAGAAAGGGAAAAAGACCCUCUUCUCACAGUUUUCUCCCGACAAGUACGUCAGCUGGAAUCCUAGGCGUUCAGAUUACCCGCUGUCUGAGGAAGUUGAUCCCAUCAAGAGAGCAGAGAGGUCAAACCUCAUGUUAUGGACUAGUCCAAGGUUUACUCUGGCAGGGGCCAUUGUGAUUGUCACAUUUCUUUUGGUCUACACCAUUCUUGCACCAGUCAAGUGAUCAUCAUCAAUUUUACUUGCAUUGUCUUUCCCUCCCAGAAAUCAUGCAUGUGUUUAUUGUACAACUAUAUAUAUAUAUAAGCAAGUAGUUGUAGGAAUAUUGGAGAUGUAUAUUUUCUGUAAAUGCAAUCACUUACUCUUUUUAUUCUCGA